UCGUCACUUGAAUGCAGAACUAUCCUAACUCAAAAAAAAUUUUUUUUUCGUUUAUUCCUUAUAAAGGUAAUACAUAUCGUAUAUUUUCAUGCAGAACAAUCUUAAGUUCAUAACUUUAAAUUUACUAAUAGAAAUUCUAUAUAGAACAUCAUAAUCCUAACUAGCAAAUCAUUAUUUUAUCAAUGCAGAAUAAUCCUAAGUAAAUACAAAUACAGUUAGGAUUGUUCUGCAUUUUCAAUAACAAUGCGCGCCAACAUUAUUUUUGUUAUCUUCUAUUUACAUAGGAUAAUUCAACGGCUAUCGGUUAGUCAUUUCCAUCGUCUUGUUGGAUAUUCACGUUUGUUCUUUUGCCAAAUAGAGUUGCAGUGAGUGUGAAUUUUAACAACAAUAAUGAAACGAGGUGCGUUAAUGGUAAAAAUGGCCAUGUCUAUGAAUCCAACACAACAUGAGAAUUCUGGAGAAUCAAGUAAUGAUACGGCAGGUAGUCCCAUAUCUAUAGCUACGGUAGAAAGCCCUUCCACAUUGUAUACUAACCAGCAGUACUACGGAGAUCUAGGUGAAUUAAGAUGUCUACACUCUCCCGUACACCAAGAACAACAGUAUUGCCAGCUCGAGACACCGAUAGAACAGCAGUUUUCCCAACAUUAUAAUCAAUAUUACGACUUACCAAUACCUACCUCCAUAAGCCUACUAGUACCUGAAGCAGAGCAGUAUCGCCAAUCUCCGAAUAAUUGUUUGGGUUAUUGUUCACCUCUAGAUAACGUCAUAGAUCUUCAAACAUCCAUCGAACAACCACGGUUGCAGCAACGUGAUGAAGCUAAAGAUUCCCAUAAUCCUACACCUAGCGUUGUAAAUUUUGCAACACGUGUCCUUCAAGAGCAGGUCCUUCAGCACCAAGAUGAUAUUACGCGUCCAUCCACAUCUACCGGUAAGCUUUUACCGACCAUCUCACAUCAAACUGAUGAAAAUAGUGACCCAUAUGCUACAGAUGGAAGCUCAGAUGUUGAUUUUAAUCCAAAUGAUUUUGAUUUAGACCAGCAGGAUGCCCUAGUGUCUGAGGAAAAAAUACCAGAUAUCACCAAGUCUCGUAAGCGAAAAAGAAACCCAGAUAAUUGGAGGAGAAAUAGAAUAAAGAAAUUACGAAACUCCGGCAAGGCCUAUGUAAAUUGGAAGUCUAAACAGGUUUCAGAAAGGAUUAUGAAACCGCCAUGUCCCACAACAUGCAGACUUAAAUGUCAAACGAAAUUUCAGGAAAAACAUCGCGUCCAGAUUUUUCAAGAUUUUUGGAAAUUGGGAGAUAUUAAUUAUCAGAGAGAAUUUGUUUUGCGGAACUUAACUGUGAAGCCUACAAAACACCCCAGAAAAAAGAAGGAUGCAGUUGAGCUUCCAGAAGGUGAUACUUGUGAAAGUCGUAGAAAGCUGUCGUAUUUUUAUACUUUUCCACAAGAGAAUUGUCCAGUCAACACAAUCAAGGUAUGUCAAACAUUUUUCUUAAAUACCCUGGGAAUAAGUCAUCAAAUCGUCAAAACAGUAGUUAAAAAAACUCAUCAUUCAAAUUCAAUAUCGCCACAAGCAGAUUUACGAGGUAAAGUACAAUGUAAUUCUCGAUUGCCAAAACAUUUUAAGGAUUCAGUACGACAUCAUAUUAAGUCAUUUGCUUUGAUUGAAAGCCAUUAUUGCAGAAAAAAUAGCACUAAAAAAUAUUUGCCACCUGACCUCAAUAUCAGCAAAAUGUACCGUUUAUAUAAAACAUAUUGCAGUGAUAACAAUAUAAAUACCAUAGCUUCUUAUGCUAUAUAUAGAGAGGUAUUUAACAAUGAAUUUAAUUUGGGUUUUUUCAUUCCCAAAAAAGACCAGUGCGAUUUUUGCAACAAAUUGUCUAAUUCUUCUCCGUCAGAAAAGGAAGAACUUCGUUCUGCAAUGGAAGCUCAUCUUAAAAACAAGGACUUAUCUAGAGCAAAUAAAGAACUAGAUAAAGAGAGGGCUAAAACUGAUAAUUCGUUUUGCAUGGCUAUAUACGACUUACAAAAAACAUUGUUAUGUCCUAAAGCUGAAGUAUCUCUCCUCUACUAUAGACGUAAGCUUGCAUGUUACAAUCUGACUGUGUACGAUGCUGCUAACAAACAGGGAUACUGCUACAUGUGGCCAGAAUCGCUAGCAUGUAGGGGUGCUUGUGAAAUCGGUAGUUGCAUAUUAAGUUUCAUUGACGAAAUGGUACGAAAUGGAAUUAAGGAAUUCAGUUUCUAUAGUGACAACUGCACUGGACAAAAUCGCAAUCGAUUUAUAUAUUGUCUGUACAUGUAUUGUGCCGCCAAAUAUGGUGUUAAAAUUACUCACAGUUUUCUAGAAAAGGGACAUACACAAAAUGAGUGCGACUCCGUACAUGGGGUUAUCGAAAGAGCUGCAAAAAAAAUCCCUAUAUUUAGUCCACAGCAGUGGUACACAUUAGCAAGGACUGCGUGUAAAGUGCGACCUUAUAAAAUUAAAGAAAUGGCUCAGGCGGACUUUUACGAUUUAAAGGACCUGUUAGCCAAAACUACAAAAAAUUGGGAUAAAACUGAACUUGGUUGCAAAGUCAUAUUUAAUAAUUUGAAAGUUAUUAUGGUUGACCCAAAAUGCCCAAACCAACUUAACGUUAAAUAUAGUUUUGAAGAAGAUUUUAUAAAAAUUAAUACUCUGGAAUUGAAAAGGAGCCACCAAAAGUUAGACUCAUUAGAGACCUAUCAACUUAGAAUGUUAAGAAGCUCACCAGUUCCAAUUCCUGCCGCGAAAUAUAAAGACUUAUUAUUUUUGUGUGAAAACAAGGUUAUACCUACGGAAUACCAUAACUUUUUCACUAAUCUUCAAGCUAGUAACAUUCCCGAACAGGAAACUGACGAAGAUUAAUUUAAUAUGUUAGUUUAAUAAUUUGACCAUUUCAUAGUAUUCUUUGGUAUUUUGAUUUUGAGUUGUAAAUCUUUAAUAAAAAUUAAAAAGUUUUAAAUUUUACCGAUUUUGUUUUUAUUUGUAUCCUAUGUUAAUCUUAAAUUUAUUCUAAGCUUGAAAUGUAUUAAUGCAGAAGUAGCUUAUGUACCAAACAUCGCACUUACAAUAGUUCUGCAGUAGAAUUUAUAAGUCAGUAGUAUCCUAAGUCACACUUUUUAUAAAAAAAUUAUCAUUAAUCCGUCUCAUUCCUAAUAACACAUUUAAAAGGUUCCUAAUAUACUAUACUGAGAUAAUUUCACCAUUUAACCAAAUACUGUUUAAAUUAUGACACAUUGAAACAUUAAAAUCGCUCUCCUGUAAAAUAUCUUAAAUGUGAGUUAAGCUAGUUCUGCAUUCAGGUGACGAUAUAU